AUGGAAUUGCUGAAGCUUUCGAAGUUGAAGCUUCAACUUCAAGCCCUCGUCGCCGAAGUUCGAGAUCUCAGGGACAGGGAACGCUCCGCUACCGAGCACCACCACCUUCUAUUCCAGAAGCUGAAGCGGAACGAGGAAGAGUGUGGCAAAAAGAUACAGGAAUUGCAGGGCGAGUUGGCUUCUGUUAGAGAGGAGCGUCAGAAACUGGAGAGAAAGGUGAAUUAUGUAGAGAACGAUAAUGUGCUGCUUGAGAACAAGCAGAAAGAGUUGAAGGGAACACUGAAUAAUUUGCUUCAGUCUAGAGAACGCUUCGUGCAUGCCUACGAGGAAUCUACUUCUCAGAUGCGACGUUCAAUUGAAGCCAAAGAUAGGAUGCUCAGUGUCCUUUCAGAGAAAAUUAGUUCUUAUCUAGCGUUAUUUGAUUCAAUAGCAAAGGAGGUUUUUUGUAUCAAGCAAGUUCUGGAUAAAGUCCAGGACAUUGUCGAUGAUAGAGAGGAAGUUGUGACCAACUUGAACAACAAAAUGGAGUGGGUCUCUGCAUUUGAAAAAGAAUUUGUAGAAAAUAUCUCUGAUCUAAGAAACAAAGUGGAAAACAACGAGGCUGAAUUAAGAAGAAAGGAUAGAAUCAUCUCAGAGCUUCAAGCAAAGCUGGAUGUGGCAAAAAUGAGGAUAGAUGGAUUCCUCUACACAGUCAACUGCGUCGCUGAGAACUGGCAAACUGCAAUGCAAAUAGGUGAUUUACCUGACCAGACAUCCUAUUUUGAUUAA